AUGGAGGCAGAUCGAGCCGCUGGCGAGCAGCCUUUCCUCAGCUAUGACUCGGUGACUGAUAUCCAGCUCCAGGGCGAGACGGUCGACCCGAGCCAGCGCAAGACGGAAGAUAUAUUGGAAGCAUGCAAGUGGAGGAAUAUUGAAGCUCUCAAGGGCCUUGCUGGCACCAGAGGCGGUUUCCUUACCGACGCUUUGCGCAGGAAAGCUUGGCCCAUACUCCUAGGUCCUACAGAUAGCGAGAGUUCCGAGGAUACCGUCGCAACAGAGAAAGAGGAGAAGGGUUCUUGGAAGGACCUGCCGCGCCAUAGGGACGAGGAACAAGUGGCGCUUGAUGUCAACCGCGCUUUCAUCUACUACCCGAACCACCAGAACGACACCGAACUCGAAAAGAACAAGAGCGAACUCUCGGACCUCAUCAUCGAAGUUCUACGCCGCUACCCAUACCUCUGCUACUUCCAAGGCUACCACGACAUCUGUCAAGUGUUCAUGCUUGUCCUCGAGCCGCCGUGGCGCGCCCGGCUGGUAUCGCGCCUCUCGGUGCUUCGCAUACGAGAUUUCAUGCUCACGAACCUUGAGCCGACCGUGGCCCAGCUGCGCCUGAUCCCCGAUAUUCUCCAGGCGGCGGACCCGAAUCUCAAGCGCCACCUCGCCGGCACGGAGCCCUUCUACGCCCUCGCGGGGACGCUGACGAUGUAUGCCCAUGACAUCCAGACAUACGGCGAAAUCUCCCGCCUCUUCGACAUCCUCCUCGUCCGCGAGCCCGUCUUUAGCGUCUACAUGUUCGCCCAGAUUGUUCUGAACCGCCGCGACGAGCUCUUCGACAACGACGAGGACGACCCUUCCAUGCUGCAUCUCAUCCUCUCCAAGGUCCCGCAGAAGAUGGACCUCGAGUCGCUCAUCGCCAGCGCCACCGCGCUGUACGAGCGAUAUCCCCCAGAGUCGCUGUCUGCGUGGCGCAGGAUAUCCGAGGCGAGCUCGCUGAAGACGGCGCGCUCCGUCGAGGUCUGUGCCAAACAGACGAUGGACGAAGGGCAUGCAUACUUUCAGAAACAGCUGGCAGAGCUCAAGGCCCUGGAGCGCCGACAGAAACUCAUGAGAAUGCUCUGGAUGUACAGAAAGGGUGCUGCCACAGCAGGACUGGCCAUCGUCGUCGGCCUCGUGGCCGUCUAUCUAGGCCGUCGGAACAGCAGUCCCGUAUCUGCGCUGGUGGAUUUGUACAGCAAAUGGACAAAUGGAACGAACUGGACGCAUAACUUCUAG